GCGGCCGUCAGUCGAGCGCGGCGGUCCCGCCGCCGGUUCCGCUCGUGGCUGCUCCCCGGCAGCCGGAGCGAGCGCUCAGUCCGCACCGGCGCUUUACGCUGGCGGCUAUCGCUCCUGCCAGGCUCCUUCCUCUCUCCCUCCCUUCCUCGCUCCUGCCUGCGGGGCGCCGCUGCCCGGGGGCCAUGGCGGGGGCGCCCGGCGGGCCGUAGGUGUGGAGCUCAGAUCCGACAYGAGACUCAUGUGAGCUUGCCACAUCUUGCCUAAUGGAAUUGCUCAUACUUUCACUUCUGUAAAAGAAAAGAUUUGGAUUCUUCCUAGUGGCAGUGAUACUACUCACUCACUGAGUUUUCACGGGAUACAGAUCAUGCCACUAGACUGCGUUUGGGUAAAGGAUGAGUUCAGUGUUUCUCUGAGGAGUCUUCCAGCACAUUUUCCAAAUUACCUUUUAAUGGUGUUCUAAGUGAGCUUGUGUGAAACAAAUAGUAUUGGAUCAUGAGUGAAGAAAAAAACUUUGGWGCAUCCCAGAAAAUGCUGUCUCCUUCAAGAAGUACUAGCAGCUGCUCCUCCAAGCAGGGAAGUCGACAGCAGGACAGCUGGGAAAUUGUAGAAGGACUCCGGGGAGCAAUGAAUUAUACCCAGGAGCCACAGAAGCAGGAGGGCUGCUUGCUGAAAAAGAGGAARUGGCCUCUGAAAGGCUGGCACAAGAGAUACUUCUUUCUGGACAGAGGGAUUUUGAAGUAUUCUAAGUGCCGAGCUGAUAUAGAGAGGGGAAAACUUCAUGGCUGUAUUGAUGUUGGACUUUCUGUCAUGUCUGUAAAGAAAUCAACAAAAUGUAUAGAUUUGGAUACGGAAGAGCAGAUAUACCACCUGAAGGUGAAGUCUCAGGAGCUGUUUGAUGAAUGGGUAGCAAAACUUCGCCACCACAGAAUGUACCGUCAGAAUGAAAUCUCCAUGUUUCCUCACGACGCCAAUAAUAUUUUCUUCCCUGCGUCCACUACUACGGACUCUGUCCCUGGUUUCUGUGAUUCUGCUCCAGGUAGAAAGGCAGGCAGCUUGACCAAACAGAAUUCAGUGUCAACUGGAGGUAAUUUGUCAUUUUCUUUUUCGAGUAAUGAGUCCAGGAUUUCAUCUUGGCUACAGUCUUCUGAAGACAUGGAAAAAUGCUCAAGAGACCUCUCCAAUUGUCACACAUAUUUACUGGAAAUGAACCAGCUGUUACAGAGCAUGGAUGUUCUUCACCGGACAUAUUCAGCGCCUGCUAUAAAUGCUAUGCAGGUUGGACCUUUUGAAAGCCCAAAGAAGGAAAAGAGAUCACACAGGAGGUGGCGAUCCAGAGUUGUUGGGAAAGAGGCUAAAGGAAUGUUACAGGUGCCUUCAGUAUUUUCUGCCCCUAUGAGACUGCAUGCUUCCAAUCCAAACUUAUCUACAAUAGAUUUUGUAGAGGAGAAAAAUUACUCUGAUGGCUCUGAAACAUCAUCAGAAUUUACUAAAAUGCAAGAGGACUUAUUUCAUGUUGCACAUAAAGUUUACUUCACCUUGAGGUCAGCUUUCAGCACCAUAUCUACAGAGAGAGAAAAGCUGAAGCAGAUGCUGGAGUACGAUGCAUCCUCAUCUCCAUCUGCACAAAUAGUGGGCUUGAAGAAUGCCUUAACAUCUGCAAUAGCACAAAACACAGAUCUUAAAGACCGGUUACGCAGAAUACAUGCCGAAUCUAAGAUCAUUGAUUCAGCAUCUAAUGCAAAAUCAAGUCCAGAUUUGGUGAAGGAAAAUUCAAGAGAAGAAGGCAGAGGUCUGGUUCACCAGGUCUCCAAUGAAAGCAGACUGUCUAUAGCUGACUCUCUCACAGAAUUUUUUGAUGCACAGGAAGUCCUACUGUCCGCUAGUUCUUCAGAAAAUGAGGUAUCAGAUGAUGACUCAUAUGUAAGUGAUAUCAGUGAUAAUGUUUCAGAAGAUAACCUAAGCAAUGACAUGGAGAAUGAAAGACAAACUUUAGAUUGUAUUUCUGAGAGUGGAAUUGGCUGCAAUUCUAAACGGAGAACCUGUUUGCCAGCUCCAUGUCCUAACACGAGCAACAUCAGCCUGUGGAAUAUCCUGAGAAAUAACAUAGGGAAGGAUCUCUCCAAAGUGGCCAUGCCCGUGGAGUUAAACGAGCCCCUGAACACCCUGCAGCGCCUCUGCGAGGAGCUGGAGUACAGCGAGCUCCUGGAUAAAGCAGCACACACACCAAACCCCUUUGAGCGCAUGGUGUACAUAGCUGCCUUUGCAGUCUCUGCGUAUGCAUCCAGUUACUACCGAGCUGGAAGUAAACCCUUUAAUCCUGUGCUUGGAGAAACCUAUGAAUGUAUUCGUGAAGAUAAAGGUUUCCAGUUCUUUGCAGAACAGGUCAGUCACCAUCCACCUAUUUCUGCAUGCCAUGCUGAAUCUGUGAAUUUUGCUUUUUGGCAAGAUGUAAGAUGGAAAAACAAAUUCUGGGGAAAGUCCAUGGAAAUCGUUCCAGUUGGCACAACGCACGUAACCCUUCCAGCUUUUAAAGACCAUUUUGCAUGGAAUAAGGUAACAUCUUGCAUCCAUAACAUCUUAAGUGGGCAAAGAUGGAUUGAACACUACGGAGAGAUUAUAAUAAAAAAUCUUAAUGAUGACACUUGCCACUGCAAACUGACUUUCAUAAAGGCAAAGUAUUGGAAUCCAAAUGCACAUGAGAUUGAAGGCAGUGUCAUGGAUAAAUCUGGGAAAGUUGUGCAUCGACUCUUUGGGAAGUGGCAUGAAAGUUUAUACUGUGGGACAACCUCAUCUUCAAACUGCAUAUGGAGAGCAAAUCCAAUGCCCAAAGAUUAUGAAAAGUGGUAUGGAUUUACUCAAUUUGCACUGGAGUUAAAUGAACUGGACCCACAAACUAGGUCAUUACUUCCAUCCACUGACACACGUUUUAGGCCAGACCAAAGGUUUCUCGAAGAAGGGAAUAUUGAAGGAGCUGAAAUACAAAAGCAGAGGAUUGAGCAGCUACAGAGAGAACGACGGAAGGUGCUAGAAGAAAACAAUCUAGAGCAUCAGCCUCGGUUUUUCAGGAAAUCCAACGAUGACUCCUGGGUGAGCAAUGGAACCUACAUGGACCUUAGAAAAGAACCUGGUUUUUCCAAACUGGACAAUCCUGUCCUCUGGUGAAAGAGGAGCUAAGUGAAGAUAUUCUGUGCUGUAUUCUUGGAUCUGAUUUAAAAGACAUAUAUUUGAAAUAUAACUAUAUAUCUAUAUAUAUAUAUAUAAACACAUACAUAGACACACACAUACAGGAUAUGUGUGUGGUGUGUGUAUGUUUGCAAAUGUGCAUAUCUCCAGAAUUGUGCUUAAUUUAGAAUAUGAUAAUUCAUUUGUUUCCUUUACUCAACUAUUGCAGUGAUUGUUUGAAUGUAUAAAUAUCCUAACUUCUUUUUAUAAAAUAUUUAAUAAAUAGUACUGAAUGUUAACAGCUAGAUGGAAAAGAGAGAAGCUUUUACACUACUUUUUCAAUGUGUAAUAAUGUCAGYUCUGAGUUAAAUUAUGCCUUACUGAAUCGCAUUGGAGACAGUAGCACCAGCAUGUCUUAGCUGUGCUGAGGAAUCAGAGUCCAAGCCUUAGUAACUCAAACUGUAGGGAGGCUUCCACAGUGCAAUGAGUAGUUCAGCUGUCUCUGGGUUGGUAUAAACUGCUAAAACAGACUAUCAGCUGGUGCUGGAAUCUGRGUAUGAUCUUUUGCUGUCUGUAGGAAAGAUUUAAGUAAGCUUUGGUUUCUAUUAACUUUCUUCUUAGAAUUAUGGAAGAGGUAGUUGUGAGCUUACGUCGGUGGUUCUACUGCCUUAUACAUAAACUGUACCCGGUUAAAUGUAGUGCUAGAAAGUCAGGAAUCGCCAAAAUUUUCCACUGGGAAAAAUUUUCACUUCAAAUUUAUAGCCCCCAACAGGGCAAGAGGAGGAGAUCAUUUGUAUAUACUGCUUGAGCACUGACUAGAUGAACAAGCUCUCUCUUUUUCCAGUAAGUGAAAUCUACACAGAGCACGAAAUCCUGUGCUUCCAUAGCUUCAUUUGUUUUUAUUAACCUAAAAAUUGCAACAGUAAGACUUUUUAAAAAGUAAGCAAACUGAUUGUUUUACGCUAGAAAUUUUUUCCUAGUAUUUUGAUAUUUUCUACCUCUUAAAAAAUAAAUAACAUAUUUAAGAUCUUAUAUUUAAAAAAUUACCAUCUGCCUUAUGGAGAAGUGUAUGGAGUCUUUGAUCUUCCUCUGUUUGUUUGUUAUGUUCAGAUAAAUAUUUAAGUGUCUUGCACUAAAUCAGUUGCAUCCCUUUCCUGUAAUUUUAUACAUAUGGCUCAAAUUGUGAAGCURUUAAACCAUAGGUCAGAAAUUUAGCAGGAAACAAAUGUAGCAGAAGCCUCACCUUUGAAUGAAGACUAUAGAGAUGGGCAGUAUUUUUGGCUUGUUCCAUCAAAUCAUAAAGUCAUUAACAGAACAAUUUGCAUUCCCACCUAUCUGCAACCCAAGCCUGAUCCAUGAUUCUUCAAAUCUGCUCUAUGUGUCUGCAACUCUCUGGCAGCAAUGCAGUUUUCCAUGUGAUAGAUCUGCAUCCUGUCACCACCCCCUUUUCUUUUCUUCACAUGCCACUGUAAAGACACAAAACAAACCCAAAUKAUGCCAUGUUAAGCUGGCUUCUGGCUGGAAGAAUUGGACAUGGCAUGGAUGAAGUAGAUUCCUAGGAGGACAGACUAGUAGCUUAGAAAAGCUUGCACUUUACUGCAAUUGUGCUGCAUUGUUCUAGAGAAUACCUAUUAAAAAUGAAUCCAUGUAUUAUAUGUAACAUGAAGGAAAUACUAUGAAGGUUUUCAAUUUUAAACAAAAUCUGUGAUGUCAGAUUAGAUGUAUAUUUGAAUUUUGCUUUCUWUUACCUUGAAGCCUCAUUGUCUCAGAGGCAGAUGAAUGCUUUUUCACCAUUUUUCAUUUUUYGCAGGAUCUCUGCCUCACCAUAAUUUCUGUAAUUUAUUACCAAAGAAGUUAGCAUAAUUAUUUCUAAUUAAUAUGUCUUUGAAAAACUUGACUAUCAUGCCAGCAGCUUGCAACAAGGCAAGWUUCACAUUUAUAUGAAGACAAAAUCUGGGCUUUGAUUCCAAAGGAAAUCUCAACCUUUGGGGGCUGUUUGGCUUUUCAAGGAAAAUGAGGUUCUCUCCAUGASUUGUUCCCUUCCUGUGUUUUAUCCUUGUAUUAAUUGUCAAAACCUGACACAGAAAUGAGUUGGUAAUUGUAAUUGUCCUUGCUCUUGGUAAUUACAAUUUACACUAAAAAUAAGGUUCAUUUAAAAAUAAAAGAGGGUAGAGGAAAUUUUAAAGAACUUUUUUUAAAAGGAGCAAAAUUUGUGAAGGCUGCAUUAAGCUUGCUUAUUGUCAUAUUUGGCAGCUACUGUGAAAUACUGUCUGUUCUGAUUGCUGGGUUUGUAUAUUCUGUKUGUGGAGGAGAUUUCCCCCAUACAGGUAUUAAACAAAACAAAUCUCAUAUGGGGUAUUUGAGUCAUGAYUUUUGAGAAAUUAGACUGGCAGUGCCAAGUCUGGUUUCUCAAAAACUCUAAAUUGUCUGAAACACAUGGAAUUAAUGACAAGAAGYAUUGGGCUGAGCAGUGCCUUAUAUAAAAUUUUCUUCAUCAAAAUUUCUGUAUCAAGAAUAUAAACUCCAGGAUUUUAGUAUUGUCUCCAGAAAAAUACCUGAGAAUAAUCUAGGGCAUUUCUUAAUGCAUGAAGCAAAAUCAUUGACCACRUAAUUGCUCCUUUUGUAAAUCUCUAAUACAUUCCUCCAAACACAAUGUAACCAGUUGUGAACAAUCCUCUGACCCCACAUUUCCAACCACAGUAGUUUCCCUGCUUUCUUUUGUAUGAAACAAUUGGGUUUAGUUGUUCAACUUCUGUUAACUGUAUAUCAAGAAGUGGAAGAAAAUUGUCUUGAUGUUAGUUCUGUGUAUUUCUGCAUGUAAAUAUAUUCAACAUUCACAAACCUUAUUAUAUUCUAUAAAGUUAUUCUUGGUAAAAUACGAAAUUUUGGUAAUUUUCUUCCCCAAAACUUCAGCUAUGUUAACAGGUACAAAAUUUAUAUUAGCYUUCUGCAGUGUAACUAAUUAUAAGACAACUGUUGUUUUUAAUAUCUGACACUGAGGGACUUUUUAUCCACUAUUUCUACCCUGAAUAGUAAWUUGAAUGUAUCAGGCAACUUAACUGCUUCCUUUCAUACACAGCUGUGAUUCCAAGGUAUGUARCUCCAUGGAUCAGUCUUAAAAUUUCCUGAUGACCAUUGCCUGCUGUUACAGCUCUCUUACUUCAUGACUUUAUAAACAUCACUUAAUAUGAUUUUUGGAGGCCAGUUUGAGAAGCACUCAUCUGGCUCUGCCUUUCUUUGUGUGUCUCUUCACAAAGUAAAACCCACACUUCAAACUUCYGUGAAGGUGAUGGAGCAGCUCAGGCCUUUGGGUGUUGAAACCUUUCUUCAGUUUUCAGUUGCAAAGCAUAGAAAGAAAAAAAAAAAAUCCAGGGAAAUAUGGUACAUAGGAACAGAAACCCACAGCUCUACUUCCAGAUUUGCAUGCUUGGCACUUAGUUUCUGAUUUUGAUACAGUGUAAAUUGGGGAUUGCAMAACAGCAUCACUUGUUCAGGAGGUGACUCUGGGUAGCGCGAAAUGCCCUUUAGACCAAGUGGAAUUAGAAUGCACCAUUAAUCACUGCAUUCCUUUUGGGAUCUCUGCUCUCUGAGAUAUGCUUGAUGUGAUGGUUUUCCAGAACUGAUCUACUUCUUUUAGAUGCUUUUUUGGAAUACAGAUCCAGCAGUCUGCACUCACGUUCUUUAUACAGAGCUCAUAAAGUUAAAUGCCUGGAAGGAAGACAAAAAACAGCCUGAAUUUGGAUAAGAAAACAUCCUGGAGAUCUGUUCUUCCAGUUGUCUUUCAAGGACUGGAAACAGGAUUGCUGCUUUCCCUAAAACCUGGCACCUGAAGGACAUAAUAGUUGCAAACACAGUCAUGUUAUUAUCUGGCAGCUUAGUGUUGACUCCAGAUGACUGUAGAGAAAGGAACACCAAUCCAUGGGACCAGAACUASAGCCCAACCAUGAACAGCUUUCAUUUUGCACAAAGGUCCAGUACUGGUCUCAAAACAAACAAACAACCCCCACCAAAAACCAAAAACCCCAACCUUCCAAAGACCUCACCCCUUUCCAUGCCCCCCACUUUCCCUCAGCUGUUUACAGUCCUGUUCAGGUGUUCCGUGUGGUCCCUUAUUUAGUGUCCCAUUUUUCUCUUUAUUAGAAAAACAUGAUGAAUAAAGAAACAGUCCCUUCUAACAAAUGAUAAAUCAUGCCUAUAGGCUGYAGUUAAAUUCUUUCCCAAUAAAUAUUGUUCUGUCCUUUUGUAUCUUUUCCUUGACUGUGAACWAGACUUCCUUGCACUCUGGAGUCAGACCUGGUAAGGGUUGUGUGCUAUGGAAAUGUGCAGCUCUAUCUGCUCAGCAGAUCCUGACUACUGAAGUCCUUGAAUCUGCUUUUGUGUAAAUCUCUUGUGUUGUCUCCCCAAAUUACCAGCUUGGCGGGCAGGAAAUUUUCAGCACAUCUUGCUUUGUUCAGAAUGGCUUCUUUUUCAUGUACAACUCACACAGAAGGGGCAAGCUGAAGAGGAAUGCAAAACUUAGCCCACAGUGCAUUUUAAUAGGAGAAGGAUGACAUCCAACUUGUCCACAUACAUCUUGCAAGGGCUAGAAUGAGAUGGUGCUAUUUAAAGGAGUAACAUUAAAAUGAAAGGGUUUUUUUUGGUUGAGUGAAUUAUGAGUUCAUAAAUCAUGCUGACAAUAAAUAAAAUUCACAGUGUUCACUAAAUCAUCCUUUUGUUUUCUAGCUGCUGGUGGUUGCAACUCAUUCCAGUAGCUGUGGGUUCAUAAGAAAUUGCACAUUAUUUGGCUUAUCUUUUGAAACUUAGUAAAUGCUGUAAUUUACCACCAAAUGUAUUACUGUACUGCUCAGUUCUUAAAUCCUGUUCUUGCUGCAGCUUUUUGAAAGCAAUAAGAUAAAUUUUACACAUAAGUAGUUGCCAUAUGUUAAAGAAUUAUUUUAAAUGGUCCAUUUUUU